AUGUUGAACUUUGACCUGAGCAUCAAGUUGAACUUCGAACUGAGCAUCAAGUUGAACUUUGACCUGAGCGUCAUGUUGAACUUUGACCUGAGCAUCAUGUUGAACUUUGACCUGAGCAUCAUGUUGAAAUUUGACCUGAGCAUCAAGCUGAACUUUGACCUGAGCGUCAUGUUGAACUUUGACCUGAGCAUUAUGUUGAACUUUGACCUGAGCAUCAUGUUGAACUUUGACCUGAACUGGAAGGAGGAGCCAACCACCUACACCUGCACUACCUGUAAGCAGUCUUAUGGCAGCGCCUGGUUCCUGCUGCAGCAUGCUCAGAAUACCCACGGAUUUCGUAUUUACCUGGAAAGUGAACAUGGCAGUCCUCUCACCCCACGCAUGGGUGGGCCUUCAUCCUUUGGAGGGGGCGCUGAUUGCCCCUCACAGCCUCCCCUUCACGGCCUUCAUUUGCCUCCUGAUGCCAGCCCGUUCAACCUCCUCCGCAUCCCCGGCUCAGGCUCAGGUGGGAGGGAUAGCGUUGGGGCAGGGGGUGUCAUUGGCGCCAGUGGUCCUGGUGCUGGGGGCCAUCAUCAGCGUUUUCCUCCAACACCACCCCUCUUCAGCCCCCCUCCGAGGAACCAUCUGGAUCCCCACCACCUGAGCCCAGAGGAGCUGGCGCUGGCAGCCCACCACCCGAGUGCCUUUGACAGAGUGCUACGCCUCAAUCCUCCUCUGCCUCUAGAUCCCCCUCCAACAAUGGACUUCUCAAGGCGGCUACGGGAACUGGCGGGCAACACCUCAGGGUCCACUCCCCCACUAUCUCCCAGUCGACCCAGCCCCAUGCAGCGUUUACUCCAGCCCUUUCAGACAGGAGGAAACGGAAACACAGGAGGCAUUGGGGGUAGUAAACCUCCAUAUCUUGCCACUCCUCCACCUCUUCCAGGCUCCAUGCAAUCACCUGUGGGCUCUCAGACCACUCCUACAACCCCCCUCCCCUCAGCAAGGGCAACACCUUCCUCCACCACUCAGAUGAAAUCAAAGUGUUGUGAGUUUUGUGGCAAAUCCUUCAAGUUCCAGAGUAAUUUAAUAGUGCACAGGCGCAGCCACACAGGAGAGAAGCCGUACAAAUGUCACUUGUGUGAUCAUGCUUGCACACAGGCUAGCAAACUGAAACGUCACAUGAAGACACACAUGCACAAAUCUUCCUCGCCAAAUACAGGCAAGUCAGAAGACGGCUUAUCAAUAGCUUCAUCCCCAGAGCCAGGCACCAGUGAGCAUAUGGGCAGUGCAAGCAAUGCACUGAAGUCAGUGGUGGCCAAGCUGAAAAGUGAGAAUGGCCGCAUGUUACGUGAAAAUGGGGAGGAGGAGGAGGAAGAGGAGGAGGAGGAGGAAGAAGAAGAAGAGGAAGAAGAGGAAGAAGAGGAGGAAGAAGAGGAAGGAGAGGAGGAGGAAGUGCAUAAUGGUGAGAGGGCAGUCAAAAGAAACAACAGUUAUCACUUUGGAUUACACUUGGAAGGAGCACGGCAGCAUGAAAACAGUGGAGGUAUCGGUCGUCGACUGGGUGGAGUAGGUGAUGAUGUGGCUAUUCCUUGUUCACUCCCUGAGGUCAUGCAGGGGAUGGGUCUGGCUGCCAGCAUGCAACACUUCAGUGAAGCUCUCAAUGCACAUAAGCGAAAUGCCAUGGCCCAAGAGAACCAUCUCCAUCAUCACCUUAACCGAGACCGUCACCACAGUCAUGAAAUAUGCGAUGGAGACUCUGUUCUCGAAACAGACCGUGGAGAAGAAAGCUCUGUUUCAGUUGUCAAUGGACGAGGAGCAUCUCCUAAUGAGUCUGCCUCUGUUGGCCUCUCCAAAAAACUGUUUCUAGGUAGUCCCAGUCCGCUCAGUCCUUUCUCUAAACGCAUCAAGCUGGAAAAAGAGUUUGAUCUUCCUACCCCCACAAUCCCUAAUACAGAGAACGUCUACUCUCAGUGGCUGGCUGGCUAUGCAGCCUCUCGACAACUCAAGGACCCUUUUCUGAACUUUGGGGAUUCCAGACAAUCACCCUUUGCAUCAUCGUCCGAGCACUCCUCAGAGAAUGGUAGUCUGCGUUUCUCAACCCCUCCGGGAGAGCUGGAUGGUGGGAUGUCAGGCCGUAGUGGGACAGGCAGUGGAGGCAGCACGCCCCACCUUGGGGGUCCUGGGCGGCCGAGUUCCAAGGAUGGACGCAGAAGUGACACUUGUGAGUAUUGUGGAAAGGUUUUUAAGAACUGCAGUAACCUGACAGUGCAUCGGCGCAGCCACACUGGAGAGAGACCGUACAAGUGUGAGCUGUGUAAUUACGCAUGUGCCCAGAGCUCCAAACUUACUCGCCACAUGAAGACCCAUGGUCAGGUGGGCAAAGAUGUGUACAAGUGCGAUAUUUGUCAGAUGCCCUUCAGUGUUUACAGCACCUUGGAGAAACACAUGAAAAAAUGGCACAGUGACCGACCUUUGAGUACCGAAAUAAAGUCAGAGUAAAAGACAGAACAACGGGACCUUUUUCCCACAGCUGUGUCCACCAUAAGCCUCCUGUUCAUUCCCAGC